AUGAUUUUAUAUUCACAAUUUAUACUAUGUUGCUUUGUUUUUUACCUUAAUGCCUAAUGGUAGUCUGGAGAGACAUAUUUGACUCAAUACGAAUUGUUUGUUGAAACUACAAGCUCAUUAGCAUAUAAUUAUGCAGAUGGAUUUGUAAAAUUGACGCAACCCCUAUCAACUGCUUAUUUUAUCAAUUGCACAAGUCCUUCUACAAGCUAUAUCACACUAAAUAAAGAAAACCCUAGUGCUAAAUAAUAUUUUAUUGAUUCUAUAUAGAGUGGAGGCCUUAUUUCCAUUGAUUUGUAUUUCCAUGAUACAUGGUCCAAUGAAGCUAUCACUUUUAAAUUUGGAACAUAUACAUACACCUAUACCUACACUUCCCCAACAAAUUAUCCAUUGACAACUGGAUUUUGUGAUUCCAUUCUUUAUGACGUCAAAACCCUAAAUCUUACUAUACCAUCCUCAGUUUCUAGUUAUGUAACAUUUUCAUCAACUAUAACUGGGAAUGGAUAAGUUUCAAUAAGAAAUAUUAUGUUUUCUGAGCUUUAAAUAAUUUGUUAUCCAUCAUGUUCAUAAUGUACAGGACCUGAAUACAAUCAAUGUACAUCAUGCUAUUAUGGAUAACCAACCAAUAAUAUUUGUCCUUUAUGCCCUUUAAAUUUAUCUUAUAGAUAAAAUCAGGGUUGCAAAGAAAAUUGUCCAUUUGAAUCUCAAAAUUAUGUAAAUGGAUUUUGUCAAAGCCAUAUUUGUAAAUAUACUUAUAAAUUCUAGAAAAUAUUUAUUUUAGUUCUAAUUUUUACUCAUCAACUUCUGAUUCAACCCUUUUCCAAUAUUCUUUGAUCUAUGAUCCAUAGAAUAUUGAUACUAGUCCAUCGCUUAUCUAUGCUAAUUUUGAUUAUGUAUUCGGGAUCUUUAAAUAUAACUCAGGAUUUUAUAGAUUUAUUAGUUUAUCAACAUCAAUCUAUUAAAAUUAUUUAGUGGGUCUGAAAAUAGAUCUUUGGAUUUUUAAUAACAUACCCUUAGGAAGUGGCAUAGAAUUUAAAAUUAAUAAUACUUAUUAUGGUUCAAUUUUCUAAACAUCUUAAGGAGUAUAAACUCAUAAAAUCAAAAUUGAAGAUAUCACAUCUUAUUCUAGUUGUUAUUCACCAUACACUAUUUGUAAGAUAUAUGAAUUAUAUGGAUUUUUUGAUAUACCUCCAUACUCAUUUCUAUUAACAGCAUAAGGGAAUUAUACGUAAUAUGAAUUAUUUAAAACUAUUCUAGAAAUUCAGAGGCCGGAUGGGGAAUCAGCAUGAUUAGAGUUUCAAAAGGAUAUUGCUUCUCAUCAUGUUUGAUCUGUGAUGUACCUUUUGUCUGCUUAACUUGCAGAAGUGGAUAUUAUAAAAAUAUAUAAGGUACUUGCGUAUCUACCUGUUCUCAACCUUAUUAGAAUCUUGUUAAUUCAUUAUGUCAAGAUUAUGAUGAUGAAACACCUUGUAAGAAUAUAUUUUAAUUUAGAUUCUAAAUAUUUAAUUAAAGAAUAUAUAAAUUUAGCAAAUGACCCUACAUAAUACUCAAAGUAUGUUUUGUUAUCUCAAAAUGGUAUUAAUUUCUUGAAAGGUUCAAGUAUUUACUAUUCUUAUUGGAAAUCUAUAAGGGUCUUUGGAGGUCAAUAUGUAUGGGCUUAGGCUAAAUUUUCAAGAACAUUUAGUUAAUUAAAUCCUCAUCAUAGUGUAACUAUAGGAUUUUACAUUUUAUAUGGUCCUAAUUUCCCUGCUGAUGGCUAAUUUAUAUACUCAGUUGAUUCAAUUAUUUAAGUUUAAAAAUCAUUAAGCAAUAGUUAUUCUACUAAUACAGAUAAUACAAAAUAUCAGAGAAUUCAGGAGAGAUUAGGACAUAAUUAAAAUACGAUGACAAUUACAUGGGAAUGUUUUGGACCAAAUAAUGAACCUUUAUCAGCAUAUUGCGCUGUUUAUAACUUUUAUAUUGCCGUUCAUUAUUGUCAGCCUUAUUGUUUAUCUUGUACAGAUUAAUAGACAUGCACAUAAUGGGAUAUUACUUAUAACUCUAAUGUAAUUAAGUUUUCUUAAGCGGAAUGCUUAUCUAAUCAAUAUUAUUUUAAACCUACUCUUAGUUGUUUAGAUUGUCCUUCUUCUUGUUUGAGUUGCACUUCUCAACUUCAUUGUUUAACUUGCUAAACCUCUUAUAUCUAGACAAAAGAAGGGUGUGUUUGUAAAAUAAAUCAGUAUGAACACUAAAACUAAUGUUAUGAUUGUCCUAUAGAAUGUAAUUAAUGUUUAAGUGCAACUUAUUGUAUAGAAUGUUUAACAAUAAAUAAUAGAAGACUUUUAAAUGGAUAAUGUGUUUGUAUUGAUGGUUAUUAUCCAAUUAUUGAUAAUCCAAUCUGUUUAAUUUGCCAUAAAUUUUGUGAAACUUGUUCUGGUCCAACAAAUAAUGAUUGUAUAACUUGCAAAAAUAUAAGUAUGAUCCAAAAAAUAGGAUCUACUUGCUCAUGUCCAUUGGGUACAAGCUAUUAAGAAUCAACAAAUUCAUGUAAUUCAUGCCAUUAUUCUUGUUAAACAUGCUUUAGAGCAAGUAUUAAUGGUUGUCUUACUUGUAAUUCAUUAUAAUUUCGUGUUUUAAAAGGUUUAGAAUGUGUGUGUCAACCUGGAUAUUAUAUGGUAAACAAUGAUUGUAUAGGUAUUAUAUUUAAUAAUACAUAGCCUGUCCAAUAGAAUUAGAUAGUACUUUAAGUUAGUGUUAUAAAUAAUGCAAUAAUAAUUCAUAAAUUUGGCAUUCUUAAAAUUGCCUUUAAUGCGAUCCUGGUUUUAUAAUAGAAUUUGGUGAAUGUCGUCCUAUUUGUGGUGAUUUAUAAGUUGUAGGAUAUGAAUAAUGUGAAGAUGGAAAUUCUAUAUUUGAUGAUAAAUGUUACAAUUGUUAAUUUUAAUGCCCAUAAAAUUGUUUGACUUGUGAUUCAUCUACAGUUUUACCUUGUCCUGAUUUAUGUGGAGAUGGUAUAAUCACAGGUAAUGAAGAAUGUGAGGAUGGUAAUUCUAUUGAAUAUGAUGGAUGUUAUAAUUGUAAAUAUCAAUGUUAACCUGCAUGCACAAAAUGUAUCAAAGGAUUAUGUUAUGAAUGUGCAACAAGUGGAUGGUAAAUAGAUCCUACUUAGACUCCUUGGGUUUGCAAAGAAAAAUGUGGAGAUGGUGUAAUAGUUGGUUCUGAAUAAUGUGAAGAUGGAAAUACUAUUGACACAGAUGGAUGCAAGGAUUGUCGAUAUUUUUGUAGACUAGGUUGUUAAUCUUGUGAUUACAAUACAAAUACUUGCUUGAGUUGUAACACUGGAUUUAGACCAGUGUCAUAUUAUUGCAAAAAUAUAUGUGGAGAUGGGCUCAUUGUGACAGAUCCAACUGGAUUUCAUUCUGAAUAAUGUGAUGAUAAGAAUACUAUUUCUACUGAUGGAUGCAAUGGUAUUUGUUAAUAUUAAUGUCAAUCAUCCACUAUUUGUUUAACUUGCCUUAAUGAAAGAUGCGAGAGUUGUGCCACAGGAUAUAUACUUUCAUUAGACAAAGUUUGUCUUCCUAUUUGUGGAGAUUCAAUCAAAGUUUCAUAGGAAAUUUGUGAAGAUGGAUUAAUUCUGCCCUACUAAGGUUGCUAAAAUUGUAAACCUAAAUGUUAACCUUCAUGUUUAAACUGUGGUAUAUCAGGUUAGGGAUGCACAACUUGUAAAACAGGCUAUAAUAGAAUAAAUAAUGUAUGUUAUUCUAUCUGUGGUGAUAAGUUAAUAACAGAGGAUGAAGAAUGCGAUGAUGGUAAUCUAAUUUAUGAUGAUGGGUGUCAUUAAUGUAAAUUUAAUUGCCAAGCCUCUUGUUUAAUCUGCAUAAAAGGAGUUUGUUUAGAUUGUAUUGAUGGUUAUUAAUUAAUACAAUCAAAGUGCUAUUCGAUUUGUGGAGAUGGAAUUUAAACAUUCAAUGAAUAAUGUGAUUUCUUUGGAGAAGUAGAUUAAAAUGAUGGAUGCAAGAAUUGUCUAUUCUAAAAUGAUGAAAAUUGUUAAGUUUUCAAUUUUGGUCUCUGUUAGCUUUGUAAAGACGGUUAUGAAAUAUCUCCCAAUUUAUAAUAACAAUGUGUUAAAUAAUUAGAUUUACCUUAUGGAAUUAUUGAUCAUUGUUUAUUUCCACUUAGCGAUACUUGUGUAAAAUGCGACCUAAAUGCAGACUAUGAUAUUUUUGAAGGAAAAUGCAAAGCUAAUUAGAUAAAAUUAACUUAAUGUGAAUUUUAUAUGAAAAUAUCUCCAAAUCUUUAUUGUAAUCAAUGUUUUCCUUUUUGCAUUCAAUGUUAUAAUGAAUUUUGUGUAAAAUGUUAAGAGGGAUAUUAUCUAAAUUAAAGAAAUUAGUGUGUUUCUCAAUGUGGAGAUGGAAUACUUGCUUAUGAUGAGUAAUGUGAAUUUAAUGAUAAGGAUUGCUUUAGUUGUUAGAUUAUAAAACCUCAAUAUUGUAAAUAUUUUCAUGAAACUUGUUUACUUUGUUAAUAUGGCUAUUAUUUAGAACUUGUGAACAAUUCUUGUUACUCUAUUUGUGGUGAUAAUCUAGUUGCUUCGAAUGAAGAAUGUGAGGAUGGUAAUGAAUUUAAAUAUGAUGGAUGUUAUAAUUGUAAAUAUCAAUGCCAAUAAGAAUGUUCAGAUUGUCAAUUGGGUAAGUGUGUUGAAUGUAUGGAUACUUUUGUUUUGAAUUAAUCUAUUAAUAAGUGUGAAGAUUUGAAAUUAUGUGGAGAUUAAUUAGGACUAUAUUAUGAUAGUUAUACAAAUGAUUGUAUUCCUAGAUGUGGAGAUGGGAUAUUAGCUGGCAAAGAAGAAUGUGAAGAUAGUAAUAGUUUUCCUUAUGAUGGUUGCUAUGAAUGCAAUUAUCAAUGUGAUUAGAAUUGCACUAAUUGCUAAAAAGGGAUUUGUUUUGAGUGUAUAUUAGGAUUGUAUUUAAAUCAACAAAAAUGUGUGUCUAAAUGUGGAGAUGGAAUCAAGAAUGGAGAAGAAUUAUGUGAUGAUCAAAAUGAUAUACCUAGAGAUGGAUGUACUUAAUGUAAAGUUGAUCCAAAUUAUAAAUGUUAAGAAGAUAAUAAUAAUUUAAGUUUUUGUUAUAAAUGUUAGGAUCAUUGUAUUGAAUGUAUUUACAAAGAUUCAACAAUUACUGAAUGUUUGAAAUGUGAUAGUGGAUAUUUUCUGAAAGAUAAUACAUGUAAUAAAUGUUCAGAUAAAUGUAAAGAAUGUGAAAAUACUCCUAAUAAUUGUAAAUUAUGCACAACUCAAGAUUGUUCAGUAUGUGAUAAUAUAUCUGGUUUAUAUUUAGAUAAAUAAUUAUAAUCAUGUAUUACUAAAUGUGGAGAUAAUAUUAUUGCAGGAAUUGAAUAAUGCGAUGAUGGUAAUAAUAUAGAUAAGGAUGGGUGUAAUUCAAAAUGCAAUAUUGAAAAAGAUUUUAUUUGUAAAUAAGGUGUUUGCUAUGAACCACCAAAAAAAACAAUUGAUUUUUCUUAUAAGAAUUCUACUACUACAAGUGAUAUUGAUUUGUUAUUUGAUGAAUUAGAAUUAGAAGGUAUAUGUGAUAAAUUAAAAAUCAAUAUAGAUGAAUUUUAAUAAAAUGAAUUUAAUUAUACAGUUUUCAAAAAAUCAGAGAUUUAAGAAAAUAUGCCUGGAUGUGAGAUCAGGUUUAAUUUUUUCAAAACUAUUUUAGAAUCUAAUCUUAUUCAUUUACUUGUUCCUUUAAUUAAAGAUUCUAAUAGAAUUAGAAUUCUAGAUGAAGAUGUUAGAGAAAUUGUGAUAAUUCCUAGAAAAUAAGUCUAUUAUAAUUAAUAAUAAUAAGCCUAAGCAAAAAGUAUAGUUUCAGCUUCAAGUACAUUUACAUUUUUACUUUAAUUGAUUGGACCUUUAACUAUACUUUUAGGGGGAUUUAAUUUUUUUUGGACUAUUUUAGAUAUUUUGACAUGGAUCAAUAAUUUCUAUUUCCUAAAUGUAGAUUAUCCCUUAAAUGUCAAGAUGUUUUUUAAUUAAUUAGAAUGGGGUGAUAUAAUAAGUAUACCAGAUGUAGUAUCAUUAAAUUAACCAGAUGAUGCAUAUUAUUUUGAAGCUCCUCCUAAAUUUACAGAGAAAGAUGUUAAUCCUUUAUUUUUUAAUAAUGUUCAAUUAUUUUUUGCUUUGAUAUUUCUUGUGUUUUUGAUGUAUUUUUUAUCAAGAUCCUAUGUUAAUUUGAUUAAUUAAAAAUAUUAUAACAAAAAAACUAAAAGAAUUCAUUAAAUAGAAAUUUUCUCAAUUAAUUAGAUAUAAUAAUAAUAAUUCCAAACUGAUCCAAAUAUAAGAGCAUAAGAGUAGAUUAUUUAAAAAAUCAUUGAACAUAAUAUAAAACCUCCUCAUAUUUUAUCAUUAAUUUAUUAAGAGGCAAUAUGGUUUAAUUCAAAUUUUAGGGCUAAAUUAAUUUAAGUUAUUGGUUUAGUUUUCUUAGAUAUUUGUUUAGCAAGUAUACUAUAAUUAAAAUAUUCAAAGAAUUCAGAAUUUGUAAUCAUUGUCAUUAACAUUAUAUCAGCAUAUUUAGGAAUACUAUUUAUAGUUUUAGUUUUUAAAUUAUAUAAAUUUGUUUGUUCUCAACAUCCAAUACUUUAUGAAAAUAAAUAAUUUUCAGAAAAUUAUUCCUCAUUAUAUGAAGGAAUAAACACUAACAACCUUUUAGCUAAAAAUUAUUGUAUUGUAAACUUAAUUCGUAAAGCAUUGUUUAUCUUCUUUACAGUUUAUUUUUAUGAAUUACCAUUGCUAUAAACCUCCUUUUGUUGUUUAUCAUGUUUUUCAAAUUUAGCUUUAAUUCUUUAUCAAAACCCUUUUGAAAAUAAAAAGAUAUUAAUCUAAGUUGCAGUUCCUGACUUAUGCAUAUUCAUAAUCAUUUUCUUUACUGUUAUAUUAGCUAUUCAUGAUGUUAGUUAAUUAUUAACUUUUGAAGAAAAGUACAUGAUUGGCUGGAUUAUUCUAUUUUUCAUAGGGUUCUCUAUAUUUGUACAAUUAGUCUUUUUGUUCAAGUAAUUUUACUAGGAUAUGAAAGAAAGAUAUUAAUCCAUAAAAGAAUAUAUUAAGAAAAAAAAAGAACAAAGUCAAGGUUGA